AUGGACUUCCAGGAUGCUUUAAGCGACAUUGUGUACGGGUCUGUAGCUGGCGCUGCAGGUAAACUUAUAGAGUACCCGCUGGACACCGUAAAAGUUCGUAUGCAGACGCAGCCGGCACACAUCUUUCCGACAAGCUGGUCUUGCAUCAAGUAUACAUAUGCCAAGGAAGGUCUGUGGAAAGGAUUCUACCAGGGUCUUGGAUCGCCGGUAGCUGGAGCGGCAUUGGAAAACGCGGUUCUGUUCGUUGCAUUCAACAGAGCCCAGAAUUACUUGAAAACCCAUCACCACGAAUCACUGUCGCCUCUGUCGCAGACAGUUUGGGCUGGUGCCUUUGCUGGUGCUUGCGUCAGCUACGUGUUGACGCCCGUCGAGUUGGUUAAAUGCACUUUGCAAGUUGCGAAUCUCUCCGAAUCCAAAACCCGGCAUUCCAAAAUCGGACCCACCAUAAAGCAUAUUAUCGAAACCAGAGGUAUCAAGGGACUCUGGCAAGGUCAGUCUAGUACUUUUAUUCGCGAGUGUGCUGGUGGAGCAGUGUGGUUCACCACUUACGAAACUCUCAAACACUACUUUGCGCAUCGCCGUGGUGAGAACAACACUGAAAACCACACUUGGGAACUAUUAGCCGCAGGCGCCUCUGCAGGUGUAGCGUUUAAUGCCAGUGUUUUCCCAGCCGAUACAAUCAAAUCUACAGCGCAAACCGAACACCUGGGGAUUGUCGAUGCUACGAAACGCAUCUUAGCCCGCAACGGUCCUGCAGGUUUGUAUCGUGGGCUUGGUGUGACACUUUUAAGAGCAGCUCCGGCAAACGCAGUAGUCUUUUACACUUACGAAACGUUGUCAAAAUUAUAG